AUGAUCAGUGAUGAUGAGGAAGAAGAGGUGUUAUCUGAAGGAGAAAAGCAUAUCAGGAAAACAAGGGAUAAAGAGACAGAUGAAAUUAAGCGCGUUCAUAAAGAACUUGAAGCUCAAGAAAUGGAGGCUAUGGCUACGAAAUUUAUUUCUUUGGAUCUGGUGAAUUCAGUAGAGUCUCAGUUUGACUUUCCAGGUAGUCUGAGAGCAUUCUUACUCAGAUGCUUUGAGCAUAUUGAGAUAGCACCACUCUCAGAUUAUGAUGUAAAUCACAUGCUCUUCUCGUUCUACAUUAAGUAUGGAAAGCCUAAACUACAUACUUGGAGCUUGCAGAAGUUGGUCGCAGUCUAG